GGGGGAAGCAGUAGAGAAGGGUGGAUCGAAUGUUUGGUGGGAUAUGUUCAGGAUCCACAGUGAGACAUUUAGAAACUUGUAUGUUGUAACAGGUUAUGCUUUUCGCAGUUACUGGAGAUUUAGGUUUAAGGGAUUGGCCGUUUAGUGGAUUUGAGAAGUCAGCUGCUGAAGGGAGUUGCAGGAUUUGGACAUGAGAAGCCCCUGGUACAACAAAUUAUCUGUCAUUUUUGGCCCUAGACCACCGCCAAGCUGGUUGUUAUUGUGCCUCAUCAGUGUCCUUGCUCUAAUUGCAAUCUUUGGGUCUUCUUCGUCAAAUGUCUUUGAUCCUGUUACUUCUGCACAAGUACCCAACAUUUAUACAAACUAUAGAAGACUUAAGGAGCAGGCAACGGUGGAUUAUCUGGAUCUAAGAACUCUUCAACUAGGGGCUAACCGACAAAAAGAGCUUCAACUUUGUGGCAAAGAAAGAGAAAAUUAUGUGCCUUGUUACAAUGUUACAGCAAAUUUAUUGGCCAGGUUUCAAGACGGGGAGGAGUUCGAUCGUCACUGUGAAGUUUCAAGACAAUGGGAAUGGUGUUUGGUUCGCCCUCCGAAGGACUACAAAAUCCCCCUAAGGUGGCCAGCUGGUAGAGAUGUAAUAUGGAGUGGAAAUGUGAAGAUAAGUAAAGACCAGUUUCUUUCUUCUGGAACCAUGACUAAAAGGUUGAUGUUACUCGAAGAGAAUCAAAUUGCUUUUCACUCUGAAGAUGGGUUGAUAUUUGAUGGUGUCAAAGAUUACUCUCGUCAACUUGCAGAGAUGAUAGGGUUAGGAAGUGACUCUGAAUUUCUUCAAGCUGGUGUGCGCACUGUGCUGGAUAUUGGUUGCGGAUUUGGUAGCUUUGGAGCUCAUCUAGCAUCAUUGAAGGUGAUGGCUGUUUGCAUUGCAGCAUAUGAGCCAACCGGCAGCCAAGUUCAGUUGGCCCUUGAGAGAGGUCUUCCAGCAAUGAUUGGAAAUUUCAUCUCAAGACAACUUCCGUAUCCAUCAUUGUCAUUUGACAUGAUUCAUUGUGCUCAGUGUGGUAUAUAUUGGGAUGAAAAAGAUGGGAUGUUUCUCUUAGAAAUGGAUCGAGUUCUCAAGCCUGGAGGUUACUUUGUUCUAACUUCUCCUACAAGCAAGCCAAGUUCAAUGACCGCAAAGAAGAAAAGCAUGUUAACUCCAAUGGAGGAAUUCACUGAGAAAAUCUGUUGGAGUCUUUUAGCUCAGCAAGAUGAGACUUUCAUUUGGCAGAAAACUGCGGAUGUUAAUUGCUAUUUAUCUAGGAAACAGGAUUCUAUACCACUUUGCAAAGAAGGACAUGAUGCUCCAUCGUACUAUCAGCCCCUUGUUUCAUGCGUAAGUGGGACUACCAGCAAGCGUUGGAUUCCCAUUCAUAACAGAUCACUGAGUUCCCAGUUGAGCUCAGAUGAGCUUGAAGUCCAUGGAAUUCAUUCUGAAGAAUUCUCUGAGGAUUUACAAUUCUGGAGAUCAGCUUUGAAAAACUAUUGGUCUUUGCUUACACCUUUGAUUUUCUCUGACCACCCAAAGAGGCCUGGCGAUGAAGAUCCACUACCUCCAUUUAACAUGAUACGCAAUGUGAUGGAUAUGAAUGCUAAUUAUGGUGGUUUAAAUGCUGCCUUUUUGGAGGAAAAGAAAUCAGUGUGGGUGAUGAAUGUCGUGCCCAUCAAUGCUCGUAAUACUCUUCCUAUCAUAGUUGAUCGAGGUUUUGCCGGGGUUGUGCAUGACUGGUGUGAAUCCUUCCCGACGUACCCUCGGACAUAUGAUAUGCUUCACGCAGAUGGGCUUUUCUCGCAUUAUAAUUUCCAGAGAUGCAGUAUGAUGGACUUAUUCUUAGAGAUGGAUAGAAUUCUACGUCCCGAGGGAUGGAUUGUUCUUUCUGAUAAAUUGGGAGCUAUCGAGAAAGCUAGGACACUUGCUACACAAAUUCGCUGGGAAGCAAGAGUGAUUAACCUUCAGAAUGGGAGUGACCAGCGGCUUCUUGUUUGUCAAAAACCAUUUGUGAAAAAAUGAUUGAUAUGGCACUGCAACACCUCACAUUCACAGAAUUGUAUGAUUUUUUUGCACAGUUGUAAUAGCAAGAAAAUCCUGCACAGGAUGAGGAGUAAGUGACCAUGUGAAUUUUGUUGGUGGCAGAGCUUCAAUCGUCGUGAUGGCACGUUCACGUAAUAUGCAAUCCAAGUCUUGAUGAGUUCACCAAUGAACCAGAGGAAGUGGAAGCUGUAGAUUAGAAAAAAUGAGGUCCUUGAAGAAGUAGCUGGAAUUCUUUUUUCUUUUUUCUUUUUUUUUUUUUUUUUAAAGAAAUCUGUAGUAAUUCAUUCAUCCAUAUUUUUUUACGUUUAGUUUUUUUUCAACUUUGUGAAAUUUCUUAUUUUUGGGUUCGUUAUUUCUUCAUUGGUUUGAUUUUCGGUUGUCUGUCUAUUGAACCAUCACACUUGUUAAGAGAGAAAAACAAGUGGCCACGAAUGUUAUAUAGUUGAAGUUGUAUUGCAUUUAUCUCUCAAUUACAUGUA